UGUGUUCUUGCUGUGUAAAAAUAAAAAUGGGGGCAUAUAUUUGCCCAUUACUGCUCGACAAUUUUUUUUCUUCCAUUUUUUUUUUCUUCAAUUUUUCUUCCAUUUUUCAUUUCUCUCUUCAUUUUUUUUCUACUUCCCUCAACCCCCAAAAAUGUGCGUACUAUUCGUCGAGAACCUCCAAAAAAGGUCAACCUUCCCCUCAAUAUCCGCUGGUCAGUGACGAGGAACUGUCUGCAUAUUUUUUAAUUCUCGCGAUUUUUAUUGUCCGCACCCGAGGGAAUCGAUUUUGGAAGGAAUAUUGUAGUUGGACUUUUAAAAAAAAUAAGAAUAAGGGAAGAAAAUGA